UCACUUCUCUCGAGCUCCUGAAGGAUCGGAGAGUAAUCAUCUAGGGCUGAAUUCCAAGGAUGUCGGCGGAAGCGAACGGUUCCUCCGCGGCCGCUACCACCGCCGGUGGCUCGCUCCAGUCCAUCUGCUACGAGCGUGGAUCGCUUCGUCUCCUUGAUCAGAGAAAGCUUCCCCUCGAAACCGUCUAUUUGGAUGUUAAGGAUUCAACGGACGGAUGGACUGCGAUAAGGGACAUGGUGGUCCGUGGUGCACCUGCAAUUGCAAUAGCAGCAGCCCUCUCACUAGCUGUAGAAGUUUGGAACCUUGACUUUAAUGGAACAUCAGAAGAUGCUUCUUCUUUACUCAUCAAGAAAUUGGAAUACCUUGUUUCUAGCCGGCCAACCGCUGUGAAUCUUUCGGAUGCUGUUGAAAAGCUUCGGAGCCUUGUGUUAAAGACGGUAGAGACAGCCACUGAGGCAAAAACUGUUUUUCAGGCUUAUAUUGAUGCUGCUGAAACUAUGCUUAUUGAUGAUGUUGCUUCUAACAAGGCAAUUGGAUUUCAUGGAGCCAAACAUCUUCGAUCCAACCUAGACAGCUUGGAAAAGAUUUCUGUUUUAACACAUUGUAACACUGGAAGUCUUGCUACUGCUGGAUAUGGAACUGCACUUGGUGUUAUUCGUGCCCUUCGGAGUGAAGGAUUCUUAGAAAAAGCUUUCUGCACCGAAACACGACCAUUUAACCAGGGUUCCAGGCUCACAGCCUUUGAACUUGUUCAUGACCGAAUACCUGCAACUUUGAUAGCUGACUCUGCUGUGGCAGCUUUGAUGAAAGCUGGGUGUGUCAAUGCAGUCAUCGUUGGUGCUGACCGUAUUGCUGCAAAUGGUGAUACUGCCAACAAAAUUGGAACCUACAAUGUUGCGCUCUCAGCAUUUCACCAUGGGAUACAAUUCUAUGUUGCUGCACCGAUAACAUCUAUAGAUCUCUCAAUUUCUUCAGGAGAACAAAUUGUUAUAGAGGAACGAUCAGCAAAGGAGUUGUUGCAUUCUGAUGGAGGACGAGGAAAGCAAGUUGCUGCUUCUGGGAUUUCAGUUUGGAACCCGGCUUUCGAUGUUACCCCGGCAAGACUUAUAACAGCCAUAAUAACUGAAAAGGGUGUCAUCAUAAAAAAGGCUAGCGAUGAGGCUUUCGAUAUAAAAGGUUUCAUAGAGAAUGCCAAGUAAAAGGAGCUGGAUUAAUAUUUGCAUCUGGUUUCUGGGGAUCCAACAGGCCACCUGGCUCCCAUAGUAGAUAAGGGAUUUGGUUAGCAUCUUCUUCGUCUGUUUGAUCCAUGUUUAACUGUAGAACUGUCUAUUUCUCUUGUUAAGUGAAGAAGGUGACCAAGUAAAGAAACCCAUAAUGGUAUAUUUGUAUUAUCUUGUGGCAAGGUCGUUUGGAGUGUAGUAUCUUCAGUCUGGUCUGGAAAGACUACCGGAUACAAACCUUUGGAAUAAAAUAUGAGAAUUCCAGAAA